GUGUAGCUCCACCCUGACAAAGAGAGUCGUGCCUCUGCAGAAUAGCUCACCUGUGAAAUCUGGUCCAGCAACAAACAACGGUCACUUGCACCAUCAGGGUCGAGACCUGACCGAGCAGCACGAGAGAAGACCUGCUGAAGAACUGAUCAAUUGGACACCAUGGCCUCCACCGUCUCUAUGCGCAGCUACUCGGUGCGUCAGCCCUCCUUCUCCAGCAUGUCUGUGAGGGACAGCGGGCGCAGCAUCCGCUCCAAGCCUCCUGUCCCUCUGGGCACGUUGUCUCUGUCCCGUUCCGUCUCAAUGGGCAACGGCCUCAACAUGCUGGGCUCCAGCCUCUCCAUCAAUGGCCUCGGUGUCACCGCCAGUGAGAAGGAGACCAUGCAGGGCCUGAACGACCGGCUGGCCAACUAUCUGGAUAAGGUGCGCUCGCUGGAGAGGUCCAACGCUGAGCUGGAGGUGAAGAUCAAGCAGCUCAUGUUGGAGAGGGCUCCAAAAGGGCACGACAUCGAGGGGUUGAUGGCCCAGGCACAUGCCAUCGGGCAGGAGGUGAGAAAGAAGACGCUGGAGAAUGCCCGAAUCAUGCUGGAGAUUGAUAAUGCCAAGCUGGCGGCCGAUGACUUCAGGGUCAAAUGGGAGGCAGAAGCCACCCUGUGCCAGUCAGUAGAGAGAGACUGUCAGGCUCUGAGGAGAGCAAAGUCCGACCACGACCAGAUCAUCGCCACUCUGCGAGGAGACCUGGACAGUCUGAAGGAGGAGCUCUACUUCCUUAAGAAGAAUCAUGAUGAGGAGAUGAACUCAUUGAAGUCUCGUCUGGCCAACGAGCAGGUGAGCGUGGAGGUGGAUGCGGCUCAGGGUCCUGAUCUCGGGGCCAUCAUGGCUGAGCUGAGGGUCCAGUAUGAGGGCAUUGCUCGCAAGAACAAGGAGGAGGCCGAGGCCUGGUAUCUCAAGAAGUUAGAAGCAGUGCAGUCAGAAGUCAAAGAAAGCAACGAGGCUCUGCGCUGUGCCCAAAGUGAGCUCAGUGAGAGGCGACGUUUCCUGCAGGCGCUGGAGGUCGAACUCGACAGUCUUCGGAAGCAGGUGGGCGUAUUGGAAGGAAACCUUGGAGAAACAGGGCACAAGUAUUCCGUGGAGAUGGACCGUCUUCAGGCCACGCUGACCCAGCUGGAGGACGAGCUGUCUCAGCUGCGCUUGGACAUGCAGCGCAACAAGACCGACUACGAGCAGCUGCUGCGCAUCAAACAGAAUCUGGAGAUGGAAAUCGCCACCUACAGGAGGCUGCUGGAGGGGGAGGAGAUGGUGAAAGAAACACCUCCACCUCCUAAAAAAGACCCCGACGUAAGGACCAGGAAGAUCGUAAAAGUCGUCACUCAGACCAUGAUAAACGGCAAGGUGGUGGAUGAGUCCAGUGAGGUGGAGCAGAUUGAGGAGCACAAAAAAUGAGUCAAAGUGUGUGAAGAGAAGAAGCAAUGAUGUCUGUUAAACCUGAAGUGGAUCAAAUAUCACCACAACCUUUUUGUUUUUUUUUAUUACGUUUUUGUUUUAAUGCCUUAAAGUUUGCAAAAUAGACUGAAAUGUGUGGAAAUAAGUUCAACCUAAAAUAUUAUAGUCCUUUGCAGCAACAUGAUAUAUUUUUGGUCUACAUAUCAUUUAAAACAUUACAAUACCAGUACCUUUAGGGUGAUACAGAUACCAACAGAGUGCUUCAGUUGAUACCUUUUUUUUUCUACAGUACUUCAUUUGAUACCCAUCAUGUGAAUGGAAGCAUUCGUGUGUGUAGUAUAGCCAUACUUUUGAACAUUUUGGCAGCAACUCCGUGUGCUCAACAGCCAACUCCAAUGUCAAAUGCUUAACUUGACCUCACCACAGACUGCAUGGCUGCAUUCACACCAAAUCCGGCCUUGCAGUAAAGAAAACAGAAUCCAGUUCUCCUAUUAAUUUGAAUGUGGGUAGAAUAUCUAGGCUCUGUUGCUGGGGCCAGAGGAGGAGGCUGAAAAAAAGUAGCAGCCUGAAAAAGGUUUAACUUUUGUAAAAACACAUCCCGUUGGUUGUGUGGGAAGCAUGGUGACGCAGUGGUUGGCAUUGUCUUCUUCCAGUGUCACUGUGGGUUUUCUCCAGGUGCUCCAGCUUCCUCCCACAGUCCAAAGACAUGCAGGUUAAUUGGUGACUCUAAAUUGCCCGUAGGUGUGAAUGUGAGCGUGAAUGGUUGUCUGUCUCUAUGUGUCAGCCCUGUGAUAGUCUGGUGACCUGUCCAGGAUAAGUAAUGUCUCUUUCUAUUGUUAAAUAUUAUAUUGAGUAAAAAAAUAAAAUGUGUAUUAAGAGUAUGUACUAUCUUACAAAGGAGAGUGCUCGAUUUGUUUGCGUGUGUGCACACGUCUGUCUAUUGUGGCAGUAAAGAUACUAACAUAAUGAUAAUCAAAAGGGUGUUACAGAUAACAUAACAAAUGCGCCAUUUCAGUGAUACUCCCACACCACCACACAAGCCUGUGGCUAAUUGCUGUAAUGCCUAUGCAGUGCAGUAGAAGGCAAAUUACGCGUCACAUUAAAUCAAAGAAGACAUACUUAACAUUUUUCUAGAUCUACAACUUGGUACUGGGUUAUUUUGGUCGAUACCUUAAAGCUGUUGAUGACCGAUACCUAUCCCUAUAUAUAUCUGUACAUAUGAUCUCUAAAUGUAAGAAGAAACUCUUAAUCCUGUUAUAUGAUCCUCUGAAAUGUUUGAAUAGUCUGUUUAAGAAUGCUUGUCCAAGGAUUUAUGUGCAGAUUGUGCUGGAACUGAAUGAAACAUGCAGUCUUCUACAGCAGAUUGAGUUUGCUCUGUAGUCAUCAAAAUAUGAAACAUCGAGAAAAAGAAAGCACCUGGACCUUUUGCAUUCAGAUGUUUUUGUGACACUACUGUUUUUGAGCUCUAACGCUCAUUUCAUUUGAAUUUAAACAAAUAGUUUCUCAUUUUUUGGUAAUUAUGAUUAUUUGCUUUAUUGCUGAGAGUUUGAUGAAAGGACAUAGCUUCAUAUUUAAUGCAAACAUGAAAGUCUUCUCAUCUAACUCCCAGCAUGAAAGCCAGUAAGUGAUUUUCCAGAUUUUCUUUAAUAGUGACUGAAGCUUUUAGAAAAUGUCUUGAUCUUGCAUUAUCUAUCUGUGCACGACAGUGUCACUGUAAAAAAGUAAUGGGAGUGUUUUAAUGUGUUGCAGUUUUAUGAUAGGCAGGAACAAAUCAACCAAAGCAGCUGUACAGUGUCAGUAAAUAAAACAGUGUUUAAAAGAAAGAAAAGUGUCCCUGCUCAUUUUCAGCUGAAACAGAAACUUCGACUGAUACUGGAGGAACAUAAUAGCAUGGAGAGACAAAGAUUUUGCACCAAGAGGGCAGAAACUACAAAACCUACAUACAGUAGUUUCAGGUGACGGGCUUUUGUGUAUUUGUGUGAGUGUUGUGUUUCAGUGUUUCUGUGCACGUGUACAAACAGCUCAGAGGACUUAAAGUAAUGUUGGAACAUGAAGACACUACAUGCUGAAAAUGUAUUUUAAAUGUUAACAAAGUGAAAUAAGAAUAAAAAGGUCAAAGUAAAAUCCCAAGGU